AUGGCCGAAGAAAUCCCCACUUUCAAGCUCGUCCUUGUCGGUGACGGUGGUACUGGAAAGACCACCUUCGUCAAGCGCCACAAGUCUGGUGAAUUCGAGAAGAAGUACAUCGCCACUCUCGGUGUCGAGGUUAAUCCCCUUGAUUUCAACACCAACUACGGAAAAAUUAAGUUCGAUGUCUGGGAUACCGCUGGUCAGGAGAAGUUCGGUGGUCUCCGUGACGGAUACUACAUCAACGGACAGUGUGGUAUCAUCAUGUUCGAUGUUACUUCCCGUAUCACCUACAAGAACGUCCCCAACUGGCACCGUGACCUCGUCCGUGUCUGCGAGAACAUUCCCAUCGUCCUCGCUGGUAACAAGGUCGACGUGAAGGAGCGCAAGGUCAAGGCCAAGACCAUCACCUUCCACCGCAAGAAGAACCUCCAGUACUACGACAUCUCCGCCAAGUCUAACUACAACUUCGAGAAGCCCUUCCUUUGGCUCGCUCGCAAGCUUGUCGGCAACCCCCAGCUCGAAUUCACUGCUGGCCUUGCCCUCGCUCCCCCUGAGGUCGCCUUCGACGAGUCACAGCUCGCUUCUUGGAAGAAGGAGAUGGAGGAGGCUGCUAACGCGCCCCUCCCCGAUGAGGAUGAUGCCGACCUGUAA